UCUACGGCGUUGUCAGACAACAUUGCAGAAUGAGUGACAGUGAACUUGAUUCAGCUCAAUCAGGCAUUAUGUUGCACCCGAAAAGCUACUGCAGUUAUCUUGCGGUAGUCUGAGUCCCACCGACUAGUGAUUCGUAAGCGAGCAUGCUGCGCUUUAGUAAUGUAGGGCCACUGACGGCUCUGCAUAAAAUAUUGUAAACAUUGACUAGCCGAACGCGUAUGAUUUUACGACCGAAAGUUUGAAAAAACAGGACAAACGCGUGCAAUAAUGAACAAAACCAGCCAUGUCGAACAGCAGCGGUAGUGGAAGCAGCGUCGCUGUCUGCGUCGAGGCAUGCCAGGAGUACCAGGUGCAGGAGAUCACCUACGACGGGCAGGAGGUCUACGUGCAGCCAUGUUCCAUGUCGGAGAACCUGACCAAGUUGGCGCAGAAGAUCGACUUUGGCCAAGCAGCGGCAGCCGACGAGCAGCAGUUGGAGAAAGCGUCCUUCCAGCCCUCCCUCUGGCCAUGGGACUCUGUUCGCGCCAAGCUCAGGUCGGCCCUGACAGAGGUGAGCGUGCUGUGUGAUGUGCUGGGCAUUGCCCGCCAGAAGCACUACCUGGUGCUGGACCCGGUCUCUCAGGAACCACCAGAGCACCGACCCGUGGCUGUGCUGGUUGCCAAAAAAAAGGCGCUGGCUGCAGCAGCAGGCCUUCUCACGGGUGCCGAAUGCCUGCGAGGGGCGGCAGCCGAUCCGGGGGGUCUGUCGAGCCCCCGGGUGCGGGGGUGCCGCACUGUCGCCGCAGCAGCAGCGCCUGUCCCCCGACUUCCAUGCUGAGCUGCUGCACAUGCGCCAGAACUGGCGGCUGCGCAAAGUAGGCACCACCAUCCUCGGGGACCUGUCCUACCGCAGCG